AUGGAGACCGACGAGGAGCUAGUGGCAGCCGUUUCCAAUGCAUUGCAGCCUCUUUUAGAUGAAUUGCAAAAAGGUACACUCACUUUACAAUUUCCAGAAGAUGUUGAAAACCUUCAAUUGCGAGCAUAUUUCACUGAGAAGUUGAAGAUGCUUGUAACGGUAAAAGUUUGCGUAACGAAUGUCAUGGAGGAGGACGAAGUUGGUUCGCCUAGAGAAAGGUUCAAAGGACAAAGGAUUUUGAGCCAGGAGGAAAUUUUGAAAGUGUUUUGGCAUCUUUUCAGUAAAGACGUUUGCAACUUUGUUAACGAAAUGGUUGCCAAUUUCGUUAAGGAGUUGACAAAUUCUUCAAAUAAGGGCUUCAUAUGCUGCUGGCCGCCAUUUUUUAAACAAAAGCUUAAUCCAUUUAUGAAGAUGGCAUCGUCAGCGUGUCGUUUUUUGGACGAAAACUUCGCUGACUUGUACAGUUCGAAGGGCAACAUCAAAACUAUUGGUGAUUAUAUCGGCAUCUACCUUGUGGGAGAUUUGAUUUUUAAAGCAAAAGUUCCCCUGGAGGAUUUAAUCGAUGAAAUUUUGAACAUUUUGCGAGUUCGAAUCGAUCAAUAUCUCUUCAACGCGUCGUUGAACGUAAGUCUUAGCGACGCUAAUGAAAAAUUGACGCAAAUCAUAAAUGAAGACGAUAUACAUCAUUCGUUGUUAAAGUUUUUGCAAUUAGUAGCCUUGUACCGCGAAACGCGUUCAAGCAAGUCUGACGUUAAACUGAAAAACCAUUUUAUAAAAAGCGUUCAAAAGUCCUCGGAUUUGUUAUCUGGUGUUCCAAAUGAAUACUACAUCAAGUCGAUCAAAAAAUUUGUCAUAAGGGAACAAUUACUCUCGGAGCUCAUUGGAUUCAAUAUGCGAGAGACCGUGAAGAAAAAUGCCCUAGAAUUUACUUUACUUGAUGUUAAGCGUCUCGGCAAGUUAAUGCCUUAUCUCGUUGUCGAAACUAGAGAGCUCAAUUCCUUCCGACUUUUGAAGGAUGCCUAUUACCUAGCGGGGCGCGCCAACGAGUUCAUACAUGUCUUGGGAGACGUUUUAGAAAAUGAUUUUCGGCACUCCUCACAGAACUCAGCCGAUGCUGAGAGUUUACUCAGCUCUUGUGCAUUAUUGAGGGAAUUAAACGAUCCCCUGUGCGAUUUGAUACUAAAGCAGAGCAUGCGAAAAAUCUUUGGAGGAGAUCUAAGGCUUGUCGACCCUCUGCUGAAAGUCGCAGACCAAAUGAUUAGGAGGUCUUAUAAAAAGUUGCAUACUGGUGUUCAAGACGCCAACGCUGAAGACGAAAAACUCAAAUUGAAUACACUUUAUGCCAUAUUAGAACAAUUUGGUUUGGUUGAAAGCUUCUACAAGUUAUUCUAUGAAAGGAUACUAUUUAGAAGAAUCAUCUUGAUGAGCGAUGAAUUUUUGAAACUAAAGGAUAAUUCGGAUAACCUCGAAAGCUAUCUUUUGUCCGAUCUUGCAGGUCGUGGGAGAGUCCCUGAAGCAGUCCCCCAAUUGAUGGCGUUGACAAACGACCUAGACAAAAGCCAAGUCCUUGUUCGAGAAUUUCAAUCCACGAAUGCUAAACUUGACUUUGAAUUUGUGCCUCUGAUUUUUGAAAGGAAAAAUGUGCCCUUAGCGUUCCAAAGGGAUCCGACAUCUAGUUUCGCUUUGCCUGCUUCCCUAGGGAAAUACUGGGACGAUUUUGCAUCUUUUUAUAAGAAUUCAAGUUUGCGCUAUAAAAGCAGAAUUCUCAACCCACAGACUAUGCUUCACCAUUUUGAAGUUGAAUCUCCAUUCACUCAUAAGAGCAAGCCUCUCAUUCUUGAAUUAUCAUUAAUACAACUUUGCGUUCUUGAAGUUUUCAAUGAUAGAGAAAUUUGUGACUAUGAAGAGAUGAAAUCUUUGGUGAAGUUCGAGCCUCGUCAUGUCGACGUUGCUCUGGCAUCGUUCACCAGCCUAGGGCUUUUGAAGCAUUCUAAUAAUAGAUUUACUCUGAAUGCCUUUUUCAAACCGGAUCCAAAAAAGAUCAAAGAUGGUAAGUUUCGAAUAGCUCAGAAGACGCUGAAGCCACUUUCUGGCUCUUUUAUCCAGGCUGGAGUGUCGAGAGAAGGCUUCGGUGCAUGGAAAGGCGAACUUUUGAAGGCAUGUAUUGUACGGGCUCUGAAAGGCGCAGGAGAUCUUACUGCUGACAAGUUGUCAGAGGCUGUGGAGCAGAAGUUUCCGGGGUUUAGCGUAGGUGAUUUCAAAGCAGCUUUGAGCGCUGCUGUGGAUUUUUACGAUUUGCAUGAUAAUGUCUAUUAUUACAAACCAUGA